AUGUUAGCUAUGCGUCAUUGCUCCUCCUUAGUCGCUUCGCGCUCCGCUAUUGCGCGACAGUUUACAUCCAACGCCAAGUAUGAAAACAUUUUGACCGAAGUGCGUGAUAAAGUGGCCAUUAUUACUCUGCACCGUCCGAAGGCGCUGAACGCGCUUUGUAGUCCUUUGAUUGAGGAACUUAACAGCGCGGCUCAGGCUUUUGAUGCUGAUAAAAAUAUUGGUGCUAUAGUCAUCACAGGUAGCGACAAGGCGUUCGCGGCUGGAGCAGACAUUAAGGAGAUGGCCACCAAGAGCUUUGUCGAGGCCUACAAUAGCAACAUGUUUGCCAAUUGGGGAGACAUCACCAAAAUUUCGAAGCCCGUAAUCGCCGCUGUUAACGGCUACGCACUAGGUGGUGGCUGCGAGUUGGCCAUGCUUUGUGACCUCAUCAUUGCCGGCGAUUCGGCUAAAUUUGGCCAGCCCGAGAUCACGCUGGGUACAAUUCCCGGUUGCGGUGGGACACAGCGUCUCAUUCGUGCUGUUGGUAAAUCCAAGGCCAUGGAGAUGAUUCUCACGGGAAAUAUGAUUGACGCUCAUCAGGCUGAGAAGGAUGGUCUCGUGGCUCGCGUUGUCCCUGCGGACCAUCUACUUGAUGAGGCCUGUAAGACGGCUAACAAGAUUGCAUCCUUUUCACAACCUGUGGUGAAGAUGGCCAAAGAAGCCGUUAAUGCAGCGUACGAACAAACGCUGCAGGAAGGUCUCAAAUUCGAGAGUCGCCUUUUUUGGAGCUCCUUCGCCACCAAAGACCAAAAAGAAGGCAUGUCCGCUUUUGUUAACAAGCGUAAAGCCGAGUUCACGAAUGAGUAG